AACCAAUAGACAACUCAGCUUCGUACGGGGAGAGAGUUGCAUAAGAAAAGGUUUUAGAGUAUCCUUCAAAAGGGAUGGCAAGUAGGAGAGGAUCAGCAAGUGCCAGCUCUGUUGGCAGCAGGUCGAGCAGCACAUCAUACAAUGGCUCUAUGCACUCUCGACAAAGUAGUUUAGAAGACCUGUUAGUGCACCAGUACUAUGACAAGUUGAGUAAAACCUCCCAGUCACCAGAGUAUCAACUUCCCAGAAAGUUCACAUCUCCUUAUGGAAAUGCAACGUUAAAAGAGACCAAAAGAAAAAGGCAUUCAGCAGCGAGUGCUUCCAAAGGCCCUCGUCCACAAUCCGCAGUGGUGUCAAGGAGGUCACAAUCUCGAGAUGAAACUAAUUCAGUCCGAAGCAAUGACGGAGCUUCAGAAAGUGACAGCAGCACAUCAAACAGUAUAAGCAAUUCAAGCCUUGUAUUACCAGCCACGAGUAAAAGACCCCUCAGUGCUCCACUUAGGCAUUCACUUACAUCUUCAUGCAAGACUCCAAUCUUUAAGCGCCAGCCAUGGGUAAUCAGAGUGAUGGCUUACAAGAAUGGAUCUAGAAGUGUCUUUGCUAAAGUGGCCGCCCCCAACAUUAAAUUGCUGCUGGAAGAGUGCACCCUGAGGCUCAAUCUAAACACUGCAGCUCGCCGCGUGUUUCUGGCCAGUGGUGAAGAAGCAGAUGAACCCAAAGACAUUCCUCACGAUGCUGAAGUUUAUAUUUCAACCGGAGAGCCCUUUGUGGACCCUUUUAAAAAAAUCAAAGACCAUCUGUCACUGAGCAAGGAGGCAAAUUGGACGGUGAAUGGCGUGGCACUCCCUGCUGAUGCGAAGCGUGGCACGACCAAGCCUAGCCUCUCGCUGCGCAUGAGGAAGCUGAGUGACAAGACUACAGUCAGGAUUCUGGUUUUUAAGAAUGGAGCAGGGCAGGAUGGGUGUGAGGUCAUUGCAGCGGUGGAUCAAACAGAGAAGUUUCUAGAUCAUUGUACGACAAGGUUAAAACUCACCUCCCCAGCAAUGACUAUCUAUAACUGGGAUGGAAAACGAACAGAGCACCUCAGCCAUGUUCCAUUGCUUGACAGCUGUCUGCAGAAUUCCAUUACUCCAUUGCGUGGACCUGCCUGGGUGUCUAAGGGAGAAGGGUUCAGUCCGUCAGGAGCUAAACUGUACAUCCAGGGAGUCCUUGGGGCCUUGCAUCAAAAGCUGAAGCCUGCCAAGGAGUAUAGUAAACAGUUGGAUUAUGCCCUUGAUAAUAACAACGAGAAAGUCACAAAGAAGGGAAUACUGUCAAUGACAGUGGAAGAACUGUAUAACAACAAAGAAGAGGUGGACCAGCUGAUUGAUGAAUUGCAAGCAGCCAUCAAAAAGCACAAGGGUCAGCUCUCCAAACUUGCCCUGCAAUUACAGGCUGAGGAGGAGCAAUGUGCCGGCUAUAUGUACCGGCACCUUAAACAGCUUUCAGCAAGCAGCAGUGAUCCACAGGGCCUGCAGCUAAAAGUAUAUGAAAAUGGGCAGGACACUGGGGACACUGUUGUUUACAUCAACAGGAAGUUAUGGGAAAAGGGCUGCGGAAAGGAUGUCAACCUUAUGAUGGACAGAUUACUGCAGAUGGUUGAUCAGAGACUGCAGUCUUCCCAAAAGUACAAGCCUUCAGGCCUUAACCUCAUUCCCACUUGCCUGUUUGAUGAACAAGGACAAGAAAUAUGCAACCCACGUUCCCUUCAAAAUGAGCAAAGGGUUUGGGUGUCAUAUGGAGAAGACUACCGGUCACCCUACAACCCUGUUCUGAGUCUGACAUUUGACAGGGUAACGGCAGUUGUGGAAGAAGAUAACAGAGUUGUUUAUAAAUCUCUUCUGGACCCUGAUUCUGAACUACCGACUGGAUUAGAAAAGUGGGAGGCUUUCAUAGGAUUCCCAGAGAACUACAAUUAUGGACAACAGGGGAGUCAUCAUCAGCAGGAAAAAGUGGAUUGGGACUCUCACUUCAUACAGCUUAAGGAAGAUCUUCAGAUGGUUUUGUAUGUCAGUGUCACUAUGGAAAACAGGAGCAGAAAGGCCUUCAGAAAAAAAGACAAUGAAAACCGGAUGAACGCAGCAGCAGCAACAACUUGGCCUUUAGCUGACAUAUGGAUGAUCACCAAGGCUGGGGUUAUCCUGAGCAGGGCUCUGCCACAGCUCUGCCUUGCAGUUGGUGGGCAGCCAAUAACAUUAGAAAAUGCAGAUGGUCCAACUUUAGAAGGAUAUAAACUAAGCAUACAGAAAAGGGUCAGAGGCAACACAUACCAGCAGUGGAGCUUUGGAAAAGAUGGACAGAUCUUUUCAAAGGCCCACCCUGAGUUUGUUCUGACCUACCUGGAGGAGCUGAAUGUUAGAGAGAAGGUGACCCAGACAGAGAAGCACCUUGGGGCCUGGUCUACAGAACAUCAGGAGACAGCCCGCAGCUCUGCCAAUGAGGAUUCAGGAUUCAAUGUCAGUGACACCAAUCAAAAAGAAGUUCCAAGACCCAUUGACACCCAGUCAGUGUUGCCAGGAGCCCUAAGGGAGAGCAUCCAGCUGACAGUGGCACUGGUGAGAAAACUAGAAGACAAACACCCCAAGGCCUCAGCUCAAAGAUGGGCCAUGAAACAUGAGGGGACUGCCAGACUAGGACAGUGGAAACACUCCCAAGUGGGAAAUCCACUGUGGAAUAAACUCACUUACAUGUGGCCAGUGCUGCCAGAUGGAGAACUGAAUGAGGAUUUUAACUGGCCACUUGAAGGAUCUCUAAUUCCAAAUGCUCCACCACUGAAGAAACCAGCCAGUAAGAAGCCAGAUGGGUACACACCAGUGAGACUGCAGGUUUUAAGGAAUGGACACAAGGACCACUUCAAGGCAGUUACGGUUACUGGACCAGACAUUACAAACAUGCUCAAGAAAAAGCGAAAACCUGCAGCCAAGCAGAAGCAGAAAGAAAAUGUACAAAAAGCCAUCGCUUCAGAAGAAGACAGUGUGAUAAAAAUCCACAGAAUUGAGUUUCAGCAGUUUCUUGAAAGAUGUACUGUCCUGCUGAAUUUACCGUUUGCUGCUCGGAGACUAUUUGACAAAGAAGGGAACGAAAUAACUCUUCUUAAAGACGUAGUGAGAGAUCAGUUGGUGUUCGUUUCUUGUGGAGAGCAAUGGAUCGACCCACAGCUGACCAUGGCUGAGCGCAGGAAGCGAAUGAUCCUGAACAAUUUGGAAUCUGAUAUUUCCCAGAUUCGCAACUACUGUGCCAUGCGCAGCAAUGGAGGUCUAGUUCUUGAAAUUGUAGGAGAAGUUGCAGAGGGGUCCAGGCUAAUUGUGAAUGAAUGUGUUGUGACAAGCAAUGAGGAACACAAUGAGGACUCCACUCAGUCAGGUGGUCAGCCAGAAAAAAAAGAAAACAAAGUGAAUGAUGAUAUCGUCAGUGAAGUAUUUGAAAACUCACAUACCAAAGCCCAUCGCAAAAUAGAUGAAAGCUACACAAGCUUCAAGUAUCCUUGGCAGAACGAGUCUCGAUAUUUGGAUGAAAAUGAAAACGAUUUGCACAGUGCGACAGGAGAAGAGUACACUAACAUGGAAUUGUACAACAAAUACAGGCCCCAGUCGAAGCCUGUGAAGAUCCAUCAGAUCCAUCGGCAGCAGUUUGAAUUCAGCGGUGGACACAUUAUCAACUGCAAGUUCCCUAGACUGGUACUGGGAGUGCUGGCAGAGGCUGUGCAGUCUGGGACCGAGAUUCAGUUAAUGGAAAAGAAACCUGAUGAUGUCAAUCAGCGCUGGAUAUUCAGAGAGGAAGACAGGACAUUUCACCUGAUGAGUAACCCAGGUCUGGUGUUAGCUGUCUCAAUGCCAAAGAUAAGACCUGGAGAUACAGACAGUGCUGUUCAAGUCCAUGGCUGUUCUGUUGUACUUCAGACAUACAAAUCCUACAGUUACGGAGUUGCCAAUCAAAAGUGGGAUUGGAUUCCCGAGGUUAAAGUACUGAGUGCAUUUUAUACCACGGAGAUGGACCAGGAGAUCACAGCAGCUAAUCAGGCUUCUUUAUGCACUUUCUCUGUCUCCGGCACAGAAGAAAUAGACCAGCAGGGCUUUAGUUUCACACAGUCUAGUAAGAAUCGGAAGAUGGCUGUGUGUUCGGCCUGUGCCAGGGCAUUAAGAGGGAAGAGCAUUCUGACAAAACUGCCCCCUGGUGCCUCAUUCUACUGCGCCACUGGCUGUAAGGAGAGUCAGCUGAACCCUUCCGGACCUUUUAAAAGCUUGAGUGUGAUAAAGACUGACCUUUCUACUUCAGAAGCUGAAAACACUUUGAAAUACUUUGAGGAAGUGCUGACAUCUUUAAGGAAGGAGACGUCAGUACAGGCUAUUUCACAAGAGAUCUCUGCUGCCCGGACGCAGCGGCCAGUGAAAAUCAAGGCCUACAGAAAUGGGGCAGGCUUUAAAGAUGGGCAGCUGAUAACUGCAACAACAAUGCCAAUGCUGCUUUCCAUGUGUACCAGCAGACUUGAACUUUCAAGGGCUGCUUGCAGAUUGUACACAGUGGAUGGAACGCCAAUGCAGACUGUAUCAGACUUAAUAGCAUGGACUGUCAAUGAGUGCUUACAGGAAAGCAGCAUGGAAGAACACAGAGACACAGAAGAUACAGAAGAGCUUGAUGAUGUUUCAGCAGAGUCUCUGGAGCUCAGUGCACCCGACAAGGCAGCCUCCAGAUCGCAGCUGCUCCUUCGGGUUACUGCGGAAGAGCUGGGGAGUCUGGAUGAGACCCUGCUGACCCUCAUUCUGAGGAAUCCUGUUGAUGUGUGGGUGUCCAGUGGGGAGCCUUUCCUUCCUUUGCAUGUUCUGAUAAUUACAAAGGGAGAGGCAGCAGAAAAUGCUGGCUGUAGUUAUGGUCAUUAUUUGGUUUUAAAGAGACAUAAAAUGAGACUCCUACAAGGAAGGCGAGUAGGGGCACUGAAGCCAGCGAGAAUGAUCCCCACUAAAAGCUCGAUUCAGCCUGUUGUUGUCGAAGGUGGCUGGACAGAGCCUUCUCAAGAAGAAGUGAAACUAAUGGAGGAUGUGCAAAAUAUGGAGGUACAUCUGUCAGAGGUCCAGAUCAUACAGACCAGGAAGCGAAGCCCGUUUCUGAAAACAAUAGCAGCCAAUCAGAGAGACUUAUACAGCCAGCCUGAUGUUAAGAGGGUUCAAGUGUACAUGAAUGGAACCGAUCUAAAGCAGGGAGUUUUCGCUUGGGGAAAAAACAUGGAGGAGUUGCUGGGCAGUUGUACCUCCAGAUUAAACAUGAGGCAGCCUGCUCAGGUUCUCUAUGCUAUGGAUGGUGUACAGUUGAGCAAGUGGGAUGAAAUUGAGAGAGAUAUGUUAAUUUGUGUAUCUUCAGGAGAACCUUUCAUGAGCACUAAAGCUAACAGACAUAACAUAGAAAUCAGAGCCAACUAUGCACGAGUGAGAAAAGACAAAGGACCAGCAGCAACAGACAUCGUUGUGACUCCAAAGGGAAACCCCAAAGUGAAGGUUGAAGCUCCCAGUAAUGUACUGGCUCUCCCUGCUGCACCAGAAAACAUAUUCUAACAAACAGGCACCAGACCCCUAUCAAGAAACCACAUUGAAACAGAAGUGCCUUCUGAGAGCAGUGAUUUGAAAUAUCUGGUCCUCCAGGGCUGAGAUAUCUACCAGCACCAAGCCCAGCUGUACACCACUGUACAACAGCCCAGGAAGAGCUUGCCUCUAUGAUGCAGCGUGUGUCCAAGGAGGAAUCUUCUGACAGAAAAGGCUAUUGCAAUGUGGAAAGCUUCAAAGACAUGGAAGAAAGCUUAAAAUUCCCCAAAGACUUUUGCUUCUACAUCUUCUUCCUCAGCUACAAACGGAGAGCUCCCCAGAGUCUUGCUCUCAUAAGCUGGAUGAUGAUGUGUAGAAUUACCCCCACUGUGAAGGUAUGUACAAGAGCACUCAGAGGGAGCACUCAGCAGCAACUCCACCUAGCACCAGCCCUGGAGAUACCUCCAGCUUCUGCCACCAUAUGCCAUCAACAGCAGAUUUGCACAAGUGCAGAAUUGGAGGCAGAAGUGUGUCAUUGAAAGAGAAUCUCAUUACAUCAGGUUUUGAUCCUGUGGAUAAAUCAUGCGUCAUCUUCCACCGCAUAUAUUUGACCGCUGUGAAGAAAUCUUGAAGGGUUUCUGAGUGUUGUCACCGGAAUCAUUUUGUAAUUGUGGUUGUCAAAGGUUCCAUCUUGAAAGAGGAAACCUUGGAAUUUUGGGUUUUCCAUGCACC